CUGAACCUUCACUUGCUCUCUCGCGCCAUCUUCCCUUCCUCCUCCAUUCCCCACCUCCUUAAAAACUCCCCACCCAGUCACCCACCGGAGCUCCUCAACUCACCGCCGCAAGCACAACCGCCAAAGAAACCACGAGCUCCGUCCGUCUGUCUGAGCCAAUCGCAAGAGUCCGUAGCACCGUACACCGCCCGGAGAGAGAGAGAAAGGAAGAUGUAUCUGCGGCCGCCGCCCAAGGGGCCCGAGUGGGGCGGUGACCCGGAGGCCGGGUCGGCGGCGCGGCCGCUGUACCCGAUGAUGCUGGAGAGCCCGCAGCUGCGCUGGGCGUUCGUCCGGAAGGUGUACACCAUCCUGUCCAUCCAGAUGCUGCUCACCAUCGCCGUCGCCUCCGUCGUCGUCUUCGUGCGCCCCGUCGCGCUCUUCUUCGUCUCCACCCCCGCCGGCUUCGGCCUCUACAUCUUCCUCAUCAUCCUCCCCUUCAUCGUGCUGUGCCCUCUGUACUACUACUACCAGCGCCACCCGGUGAACCUGCUGCUCCUCGGCCUCUUCACCGUCGCCAUCAGCUUCGCCGUCGGCCUCACCUGCGCCUUCACCAAAGGGGAGGUGAUACUGGAGUCGGCGAUCCUGACGGCGGUGGUGGUGGUGAGCCUGACGGCGUACACGUUCUGGGCGGCGAGGCGCGGGCACGACUUCAGCUUCCUGGGCCCGUUCCUGUUCGCGGCGGUGAUGAUCCUCAUGGUGUUCGCGCUCAUCCAGAUCUUCUUCCCGCUGGGCCGCGUCUCGUUGAUGGUGUACGGCGGGCUGGCGGCGCUAGUCUUCUGCGGCUACAUCAUCUACGACACCGACAACCUCAUCAAGCGCUACUCCUACGACGAGUACGUCUGGGCCGCCGUCGCGCUCUACCUCGACGUCAUCAACCUCUUCCUCUCCCUCCUCACGCUCUUCAGGGCAGCCGAUUCCUGAACUGCUUCACCAGGCCAGGUUGCUGCAGGCUUGGCAUCCUCCCCUCAUCCCCUGCCCGGCCAUCAUGAUGUGCUUUGCUUGUGGUUACGACGUACUAGUGCCUGUAAAUUGAUUGUGAAUUAAUUUUUGACGCGCUUUUACAUAGCUUUGUUGUUGUAACUUGGUACUUUACCGAGAGAUUGUUGAAUGAAAUUCAGGGGCUACUGGUUGGCUCUAGUUUUCUUG